GCUGCAGUUUUGCGGCCAGUGCGGCGCUCCUCACAGUCGCGGAUUGUGUCGUGCCUUGCCUUCACUGUACAUUAAGUUCCAAUUUAAGUCAUGGUUGUCUUGUUUUUUGACAGCUUAGUUGCAGCUGCUUCUUUUUGAAGAUGUCACAGUCACAGGGAGUGCGAAGGAAUGACUAAACCAUGGCAUCGGUGGGCACAGCACUUCCGGAGGAGACGCGGUGGGCCAUCUUUCGAGCAACGGUGUUUAUCAGCAAUAUAAUUACCAUGGAGCAGCCCACACGCACUGUCUACAUCAACAGAUAACUACAAAUGAACUCUUCUUUUUAUGCCCCUCCUUAGUUGUCAUUUAGUUCCCUCCUUCCUUUGUUUCCAUUUUUAAUUCUUGCCCAUUGGUGGCUUGGUUUACUCUGCAAACCUUCAGUUCCUUCUCAAACCUGCCUCUGGAGGCCUUGCUUCUUGCACUGUUUGUGUACAUAUCUCAUUCUGCCAAAGUGCUUAUAUAGGAUUCAGUGCUUUAAAGGCGUUUUUUUUUUUUUUUUUUCUUUGUUUAAGCUUGAACACUUUUAAGUACUUGUGUACCGGAGACAAGUUUAUUGCUAAAGGACAUCAGCAUGAAAUGUGUGAUAGUUGAAGCAACUUGUCCGAGCAAACCUCUUUGACACCAACGCUUUCACAUGGGUCAACUUUGUCAACAAAAGAAGGAGGCCUACUGAACACAGCAGAAGUAAAUUGAGGAAAACCAUUGUGAGCAAAGUAAACAUUUUGCCCCUUGUCCUUGGGGAUAUAGUGUUGUGAAGUGUAGGCUGGGACACAAGUCAGCAAAAAAAGAAGGAAAAGGGGCACACAAAAAGAGAGAGAGGCGUCGCCGAUGGCCGACGCCGUGCGCAAGUACUUCUGCCCACGCCUGCUAGACUACAUCGUCGUGUCUGGGGUCCGCCAGCCCAACCGGAAUCUGCCCGUCCAGCCACCAGAGCUGCUGCGACGGUACCCCACCGAAGAUCAUGCAGACUUCCCGCUUCCGACAGACGUGGUGUUCUUCUGCCAGCCCGAGGGGUGCCUCCUGGUUGGGCCCAGGCGCACAAGCCUCCGAGAGUCGACGCCCUUUGUCUUUGCACUCACCGAGAAAGACACAAGUCGAGUGCGGUAUGGAAUUUGUGUCAACUUCUUCCGGCCUUUCGACCGGGCAGCACUGCACACUCAGAGGUCGUCGUCUGUCGAGAGUGGUGACGGAGGUGGCGUGCCUGAGUACCAAGGUGGACGGCCCAUCCCAGCGCCCCGGGCCCGGCGACGCAAGCGCCUGUCAAGCCACUCGCUCGUGUCGCUGUGCAUCAUUAGCCACCACCCGUUCUUCUCGACAUUCCGCGAGUGCCUUUUUGCGCUACGCAAGCUGGUCGACUCAUCGCAUGAGCGCCUGCUGCUUGGCUCAAGGAUGGCCAACCGGUUACCCAGCAGAGACAGUGUGUGGAAUGUCUUCUUAGGCCGUGUCUCUGAAGGGUACUCAAGUGCCGUCCUCCACGAAGUGAGAGAAAUUGAAACAUGGAUGUUGAAGCUGCUGAGUGCACCUGUUCCUGUGCCUGGCAAGACACGUGUGGAGGUUGCCAUUUUACCUAGACGCGUGGAGCAGCCUCUGAUCUUUGCACUUCCCGACCACACUCGUUUCUCCUUGGUUGAUUUUCCGCUACACCUUCCGUUGGAGCUUCUUGGGGUGGACACAUGCAUAAAAGUGCUCACCUGCAUUGUCCUAGAACACAAGCUCGUACUUCAGUCACGUGAUUACAAUGCGCUCUCCAUGAGCGUAAUGGCCUUUGUCACAAUGAUCUACCCCUUGGAGUACAUGUUUCCUGUGAUCCCACUUUUACCUACGUGCAUGGCAUCUGCAGAACAGCUCUUACUGGCCCCAACACCAUUCAUUAUCGGUGUGCCGGCCACGUUCUUCAAGCUUAAGCGGUCCUUCUGCCUGCCGGAUGAUGUCUGGCUGGUCGAUCUGGAUUCCAACAGUGUGCUCAAACCGCCAGGUGUGGAGGAUCUUCCCCCGUUGCCCGACCCUGAGGGCAGCCAUCUUUCUUACCACCUUAAGCAGGCGCUUGCCUCCAUGAGCAUCAAUCCGCAGCCGAUCAAGAAUCUCGACCGGGUCCCACCACCGAGGCCUUCAAUAGGGGGAGCCCCUGCAGACAAGCCUGAUGCACCUGCACCUCUCUCCGGAUUCAACCCUUUCAUUUAUGGCAACGACGUUGACUCUGUGGACGUGGCCACGCGAAUAGCCAUGGUGCGCUUCUUCAAUUCUGUGGGAGUUCUUGCACACUUCAUGGAACACACGCGGACGCUACGCCUCUACCCUCGUCCCGUUGUUGCCUUCCAAGUGAACACCUUUUUGCACUCACGUACAAAGCAGUCUCAUUUUUUGCGCAAGUUUGUUAGGACGCAGGCUGUUGAAUUUUAUGCUGAGUGGUCUCUUUGCCCAACCAAUGUGGCUUUCCUUCGUGUACAUACAGGUGUGUUUGACCCUGCCGUGAUAGGGGAUAAGGCAAAGUGGUACAGCCACCAGUUAGAACCCAUUCAGUUCGAGGUGUGGUCGGAAAAUUGCACGCUCAACAUCGACAUGGCUUCCAUAGGUCAAGCCGACGAAGCAAGCACGGGUGAAAGUGGCAGCGAAAGUGAUGAUGCCAGCAGCACGAGCUCCUCCUACUCUUCCUUAAGCGACUUUGUCUGUGAUAUGGUGGAAUUCAAUGGGGAUCACUUCGGUGGAGCUCAUAUGGAAGAGGUAUCAGCAGCAAUACUCAAUCGUGCAGACUACAUGGCUGCAUUCAACCCCCCCAAGACACUGCAGCUUCCAGGCACAACCCAGCAGAACUUGAGGCGUACUGACUCGGAGAACUCGGUGCAUGGCUCUGUAUCUUCCUCCUCUCCAAGCUCCUCGCUUUCCAGCCCAACAGGUCAACCUCAAGGAGAUCCUGGAGAUGCAUUUGAGGCACCCAAGGCAAAUGCUAAGCAGGAGGUGAGGCCAGAGACCAGCGGAAUCGGGAGCACUGCCGGUUUGGGUGGCAGGGACGCCUCCGCUGAGGGGGAGCCCCCGACGCCUUCGACAGUGCGAUCUGGACGCAGUCCAGGGGGCAGCCUGAGCAGCGGUCUCAGCACACCGCCUGACACUACCAGUGGUGGAAGUGGCACCCCUCGCAGUGCCCCACCUCUCGGAGGCCUGGGAGGCGUGCUGAACCGGGCAGGCCUGUCUUCCCAGGGAAGCCAGAGCUCACUUUUUGAGACUGUGGCGCGCGAGGCCAAGGAAGUGGCGCGCGAGGCCACCAAGGCUGCCGCAGAGGUCAGCCGCACUGCUCUGGAGGCCACCAAACCGGCUCGUGAGGCCGGCCGCAAGACACUCAUGAAGGCCUUGAGUGACCGGGACAAAGAGAAGCAGGAGAGUGGGUCUCUUGAGACACCGUGUGAAGGGCAGCACCAGCAGCAUCAACAUCAGCAGCAGCAGCAACAGCAGCAGCAGCAACAGCAGCAGCAGCAACAGCAGCAGCAACAGCAGCAGCCAGCAAUGUUCCCCCGCCGAGACUCGGGGUCCCUCAUGUCCACUGUGAGCAGUGAGCUCAACGGCUUCGCUGCGCACACAUCCAAUGUUAUCCAGGGCAUCUCGGGACUCUUUGGCAACAGAGUGUCGGCUGCUGUUAAGGGUAGGGAAAGAGCACCUCCAUUUGGACCCUUCCCCAAAGCUAACAUGGGAAGGAGGGGCCCUGUGGAACGGACCCCGCUCAUCAAGCAUGUUACACCACAGCAGGGCAGAAGGGUCCAGCCCCAGGAACAACCACGCUCUGUGCAGACCUUCGAGGAACAGUCUUCAACACAGAGUGACAACCAGCAGUUCCUGAAGGAUGUGCUCAACUCAGUGGCGAACGGCGAAGGCAUCAAGUGGUUCAAGAAGAACCGCAUUGCACGCCUCAUGGAGGAUGAAAGCUACAGGAACGUGGUUGUCCUGCGACUCAAUCGCACCCUCGAGAGAAGGGUCGGUCCUGACGGUCACAUCAAGGAUGUGAUGAUCUCCAAAGCAGUGUACAAGGGAACAUUGCGGAUGCUUCAGUUGGUGAUUGGAGGCCUGGAGCACAGCUACCACAACUGUGGGAUUGGUGGCAUGGCCAGUGCCAUGCAGGUCUUGGAGAUUGCCCACACGCACUUUUGGACCAAAGAACUCAGUGCUGAGGCUGGCGUGCAGGAGAGCGUCAGCAGCAGUGCUCGUGGUUCCAUCAGUGCCGCCUUCCGGCCCCAAAGUACAGAGCCCAGCAGCUUUCUUGAUCAUUCGGCCGCAUCCUCACGCAAGAACUCCCUCUGUGCCCAGGAUGGAAGGUGCAACAACCGUAGCUCGGACACUACACCAUUUGGCAGCGGUGAACACUUGAACAGACAGCCAGGAGACUCUUUGAGAACGGAUGACAUCACGACAUCUUCGUCUGACAUUUAUGGAAAUAACAGCCCUGUGGACGCUUCUCCACAAAGAGAUGACAGAGGCUCUUUCGAUCGCGGUUCUCUUGUGGAUCAUCGUUUCAGCCUGACUGACAUGUCUCAGCACGCACCACCACCUCACCAACAGCAGCCACCACCGCAGAUGAAUGUGAUCCCUUCCACUGGCAGCAUCGACCAUUCAAACGAGCCGUCAGACAUGUUCCGGGGGCUACUCAAUGCCAAGAAGCUCGUCCUCUCAAAAUUGACAAGCAUCGACUCGGAGGUGUCGGACGCCGGCACAAGCCAGGGCUCGGAUUUGACGGUGCCCAGCGGCAAUGUCAGCGAUACAGGCAGCGUGACCAUGAACCCUGCCUUCUUUCGCCAGUCGCGUGGUGGAAGCAACGCCUCCUUUCGUUCGACCGUCUCUGACAGUGAGGUGGAAGCGGGCGGCUUCAUGAUGUCACGACAGAUGCGUGCCUCAAGCAUCUGGAGCACCAAGAGCAGCCUUAGUGGGGGCUUUGGGUUCACCAGUGGCAGCAGGAACCCCAGCGGCAGCCAAGCGGGCCAGGGGGCGAGUCCCAGUACGCCCACUCGCUCGUCUCCGCCACCACAGUGCCGCACAUACAUAUAUCAGGGAUUGAUCGGCAAAGAACGAGCCAGCAUAUGGAGUGAGCCUCAAUUCUGGGAAGAUGCCUUCUUCGAUGCUGUUGCUCAAGAGCGUGACCUCAUAGGAAUGGACCAGCAGCCAGGGGUUUUGAUGGAAAGGUACCGGUCCCUUUCGAGCCCAGAGAAGAAACGUCUGGAGCAUGAUGAGGACCGGCUGCUGUCAACGCUUUUGUCCAACCUGAUCGCCUUCAUGCUGAUGAUGGAGGUGCCUGUAGAUGAGAUUCGCAGGCGGGCCCGCCGCCUGCUCGGAAAAUGUCACAUCAGUCUCGUCUACAGUGCGGAGCUCAACACCAUGCUGGACGCACUCGACUGUGUGGAUCAGAAUGGAACUAGGAUCAGGAAGUAUGGAAACGAAAUUGACCUCAAGCCCCUGGGAAGCCGUCAGAUGCAGUCACAGUGUUUCACGGUUCACACCACCACAAACACUGAUGACGAGGAAGUGAGAUUUCUUGAGGUGAGGGACGAUGGACUGGUGUUGCGCGGUGCCAAUGGUGUCGUGAUUGAACGCUGGUGGUAUGAGAGGCUGGUGAACAUGUCCUACUGCCCCAAAAACAAGGUACUUUGUCUCUGGAGGCGGAGCUCAGGCCAAACGCAACUCCACAAGUACUAUACAAAAAAGUGUAAAGACAUGUACUACUGUAUAAAGGAGGCAAUGGAGAGGGCUGCUGCCCAAGGAAAUGUGCUCAAGUCUGGCACGGAACUUGGAGGAGAGUUUCCAGUGCUAGACCUGACUACACGUGAAGGUGGCAUUUUGCAAGUAUGCAUGGAAGGCGUGGGCUUGCUUUUUGCCAAUAGCAAGUUCUUUGUAAGGAUAGAAAAUAUCAAGAGAUGCUACACUCAGAAGGAUAUCAUCUUUGUACUUGAAGAAUACAACCCUAAGACUCAUCGUAUUAUUGAGAGGAAGUAUGAGUCUAAAAUGGCAAAUGAUAUAUGCUAUGCAGUUCUCUGUGUUUUUUCAUACGUUGUUUCUGGUGAUCCCCGGCCUAGUCAUCCAUGAACUCUACAAAGUUGCAAGAAGCAGAGUUCGCAUCGCCGACAACAAGGCGUUUAUAUUAUAUAUAUAUAUAUAAUAUAAAUAUAUAUAUAUAUAUGUACUUAGCAAAAGGACACUGUCGCAAGUUACAGAUGUGUCAUAUAAUAGUUUCAGGCUUGCCAGAGUCAUGAAUAUGAGUGUUGCAUGGUCUGGAGCAGGUUAGCUCCUGACGCUAUUGUACUUCAAAAUAAAAGCACAUUGAUGUUA